CGAUUCGAUAGAAAACAUUAAAUCUUGCAACGCCCCAAAUUCAUUCAGUCAAAAACAAAAUGGCUUCCAUGGCUGCGCAACUUCUCGAUGAAUUAAUGGGGCGAAAUAGAAAUGCCCUUCCAACAGAUCGAACGAAAGAAUUAUCUUACAAUGACGCCGAGGUGUGUAGGUACUAUAUGGUUAGGUUUUGCCCACAUGAUUUGUUCCAUAACACGAAAGCAGAUUUAGGUCCAUGUCCAAAUCUUCAUGACGAAGCUGUGAGACAGAAAUACCUUAACGAGGCACCUUCAUACACAAAGACAAAAUUUGAGGAUGAGUUUCUCAAGUACUGUCGAUCUAUGCUAAAUGAAGUUGAGCGCAAAAUUCAAAAGGGUGAACAACGACUUGCCCAAUCACAAUUGGCCAAACAAGAAGCUGGUGCUAAUCCCAAAUCUAAAGCAGAAGAACAGAUUGCUUUGCUAACUGACAAGAUUAGUCAUCUGGUGAAGGAAGCUGAACGUCUAGGAUUUGAAGGCAACAUUGAACAAGCUCAAGGACUGUUGAAACUUAGUGACCAAUUCAAGAGUGAACGAGAAGCUCUAAAGAAAGGGGAAGGCCUUUCAUUUGCAACAGAACUGAUGCUAGAAAAACAAAUGGAAGUCUGCAAAGUCUGUGGUGCUUUUUUAAUUGUUGGUGAUGCCCCAGCUCGACUUGAUGAUCACAUGCAAGGAAAACAACACGUUGGUUACCAGAAAUUGCGUUCGGCAGUAGACGAGAUUACGGAGAGUCGCGAGAAGGCUCGCCAGGAUCGAGAAAUGCAACGCCAGAAAGAAGCUGAAGACCGACGCGGCCGGCGCCACGACGACGAUUCACGACGUCAUCAUGGAAAAGAGCGCGAAAGUGGUAGCCGCAAGCGCUCUCGUUCCCGCUCACCUAAACAUCGCACCUCAAGUCACCACGGCGAUCGACGGGAUAGAGGCGAAAGAAGUGACCGCGGUCGAGGCGAGCACGAUCGCCACCGAGAUAAAGAUCGGGGUCAUAGCAGAGAUCACCGAGACAGAAAGCGAGACGACAGACCGCGCGACCGAGAUCGCUCAGCACACAACGGUUCAAAGGAGAAUGGGGCAGGGAUUCAAUAGUUAUAACAGUGUAGGAGAAGGAGCAGCAGUACGAAGUCAAAAAAGUCAUCUAAGAUGAGGUAGCUUCAUCGUAUUUCAGGUAAGUGGUUUCACUUCAUGAAGUGAGUUAAUGGUUAUCCACUUGCCCCCUCAUGGUUUAGCGAAACCGCGCCAGGUAAGUGUCGUUGGGGCUGUGUAUUUCGAUGACGGAGCAUAAAGAGCUACUACAAUGCGCCGGAUUUUCUUUCCUUUUUUUUCCUUAACGGGCGAAUAAAUUGGGGUGGUCCGGUAAAGAGGGAAGGGAAGAACUCGUGAUUUGCUUUUGUGUUGUUCGACAUCCAGAGUGUUGUGUGUGUGUGUGAGUGAAACUGUGAGAGGGGAUCGUACACAAUCGCAGAGGCACAAUCAAUCGCUUCGGACUGUCAAAAAGCUGGGAAAAUUGAUUCAAUUGCAGGUGACCUUUUGAUCCAAAUUGUUAUUGAUUAACUGCAACUCGGAGAGCCUCGAUACAAAUAAAAAAAGAGAAAAAUAAGAAAUCUGGCUUCGUGGUGGUGGGUAAUCGGAAAAUUAAUUCCCAUUUUAUUGUAGGUCCGGACUAAAAAAAAAAAAAUGUUGAAGCCUUGUUGUCAGACGCUCAUUUACGGAUCCCUUUGGGCGUCUCAGUUUGUUCUCUUCGCCUCAAGUCGCUGCUGCUGUCAAGCAAGGUGACACGUUAUUUGUAUUCCUUUUUUUUCUUGUUUUUCUUCCUCGAAAUUCUUUUCGUGCUCCCACGAUUUUGAACUUUUUCAUUAUCAUCAAAACCAUUCAUUUCUUUUGUCCCUUUACAGUUUUUUUUUUUCAUUUUUAUUUUGGAAUGUUGGUAUCUUUCUUUACGUAUCCUAUGAUUGCAUUAUACCACAACACAUUCCUCAGUUUGAAUUUAAAACUUGCUGCUGUGUGAGAAGAUAAUGCAUUAGUGUGAAGUUGCUUGGAAAUACAUGUUAGUCUUCAACAAGAA